AUGGGAUCGCUUUUUCGAAGCGAAGAGAUGACCUUGUGUCAACUCUUUUUGCAAAGUGAAGCUGCUUAUGCCUGUGUAUCAGAACUUGGCGAACUUGGCCUGGUUCAAUUUCGUGAUCUUAAUCCUGAUGUUAACGCUUUUCAACGAAAAUUUGUCAACGAAGUACGGCGUUGCGAUGAAAUGGAACGUAAAUUACGAUACUUGGAGAAAGAAAUUAAAAAAGAUGGUAUUCCUAUGCUCGACACUGGAGAAAACCCGGAAGCUCCUCAACCGAGAGAAAUGAUAGAUCUCGAAGCAACGUUUGAGAAAUUGGAAAAUGAAUUACGAGAAGUUAAUCAAAAUGCAGAAGCGCUGAAACGUAAUUUUUUAGAACUGACUGAACUGAAGCAUAUACUGCGGAAAACGCAAGUUUUCUUUGACGAG